GCAUCGCCGAGGGCGCGGAGGGCGGGCCGCGCGCAUUCGCCGCACGGCAACCCCCGCCCACCGCCAGACGGGCCCAGGCGGCCGCUGCCGCGACGGACGGUGCAGGGGACCGCGAGGCCAUUUGUGCGCGGGCUCGCCCGGCGCCGGCGUGUCAAAAAGAAGCGAAUAGAG